AUGCUCAACCAUCGCGCCGCUGUUGCUGGCGCAUCGCUGCUGCUGAUUCUGUCGUCGCUGGCGCUUCUCGCCACGAGUCACCCAGAUAGCAAAAUGAGGAUCAACACGCCCUGUGCCAGGCGGCUGCUGGACGAAGACAAGCCGACAAACAGCAGCCGCAAGCAGCAACAGCCGGCACCCUGCUGCGAGCAAUGCGGUGGUGACAACGAGGCUUUCAUCGCUUGUUAUCAGCGCUGCGUGGAGGCCGCCCAGUGCAGGCCAUGGACAAGCGAUGCCUCCCUCGCCAUUUACGACGGCGCCUGCAUGUUUGUAAGGGAGCAGUGCAGCGGCGUAGCGGUGAAGGUGGCCAAAACCGAGCCGGCUGCGGGGCCGGACGAGGUGGAGAAGCCAGUUCAGGCUGAGGGAGGGGACAAGCCCAAGGCUGUGCCUGGCAAUAGAAGCCAAGAUCCGCGACAGCCGUCCACCGAGGGACCCCGCAGCCAGCAGGUGCAUUGCUUCGCCGUCAGCGAGAACGUUUGUGCACGGGACGCUCGCAGACAUGCAAAGGUCCUUGGGAAAUUAGUGGGUCUCCUGGACGAUACAUCCUUGGGGACUUCCUCUGACUUGCGCCCUGUGCACACGAUGCUAGCGGCCACCUGGCCGCUGGCGCUACUUGCCGGUCUGCGUGUCUCUGGCAAGAGCCCAGCCACGCCUGCAGGGCGGGCUUGCCGCGCUGCAGGCUGUUUGCACGCGGCCGUCACGGCGCUGGUGCUGUUCUGCAUAGCGUUUCACGGCAGCCGUUCGCGGUGCUUCCGAAACAUUCAGGCAGCAUUGCAAUGGCAUGGUAUUGCUUUGCAGGCUUUGGUAACAGUGCUGCCUAUUCAACAGUGCAUUGGCAUUGGCAGCGCUAGAGAUGAAGCCGGCGAGCUGACCGUGCCUCGGCGGUCAAUACCACCGCCGUCGUGCAUCCACGCGCUCUUGCGCAUCGCCUCCUCUGCGUUGGCGCUGCGGCUGGGCUGCACGGCGGCCACCGUUUUCAAGCUGCCGGAGCCGAGCUCUUCAGCCGCCGCCCCAUCGCAUCCACUACACAUCUCCGGCAUCCAGUCACCCGUGGAGACCUUUCCACCUAGCUGCGAGCCCCAUCCGUUCACCCCGGCCACCGUUGCGGCUGCUGGUAGCCGGAGAGUGAAGGAUGGUGGUAAGGGUGGUGACCUGGACCGCAGCUGGGCGUUGUUGGGGGGCCUGGACGCACGUCUGUUACUGGCGGCUGGGUUAGGUGGCGUGGCAGCCUGGCUCAUGGAUUUGGCGCUGACGGCGUCACUGGUGCGGUUACACCGUGCGAUACGGCAGGCUGGACGACACCUCAACUGGCGGCGGGCAAUGAGGACCAGUGACGAGCCGGAGGAAAGGGGUACGCCCGAUGAGGGACCCAGCGACCCCAGCGGCGCUUCGGAGGGCUGGAUGCUGGCAAGUCAUCGAGCAGGGAGGAGCAGUGAAAUGCCUUCACGCGGAGCAGCCGUAGCGGGAGAGGUCCCGGAGGCAAGGGGCUCAGAGACGCCGGAGAGCUUAACGCCACCGGGGGAUGAUCCGCAGCCCUCAGUUCCUUCGCUCACGUCGCCCGCUGCUGGUCUGGUGCUGCAGCUGCCUUACGAUUUGCGGCUGCGGCCCCGUGGGAGGCGGGCUGCAGACCAGGUACCCGUUGGUCAGCGGCCUGUAUCCAUGACCUCAGCCGCAACAGCGGCAGAGGAGUAUCAAGCGUCAUUGCAUGGACAGAGCGAGAACACGCAGCAGCGUCCGGUGCUGCCGUUCACUGUGCUGGCAAUUGAUCCAUCCAAGUGCCACAAGGACAACCUCCGACCCAAAAGCUGCCCGGAGGAGUCGAGCGCUUCGGAGCCGGGCCCUCAAACCGGAGCGGAGCAGGAAGCAGCACCAGUACAGGGCGCACAUUCUUCGGCGGCGAGGCGAUUUGCGAUCUCACAGCCGCCCGCGGCAACUGGACAGAGGUACACCAUUGCCGGUGGAUCCACAGCCGCUGCCUCGAGUCGUGGCGGUAUUGUAAAGCCCGCGCCACCAGACCAGCCACAGCAGCUGCGCUCCAGCAUAAGCGCAGCUGACACACCGGAGUCCCAUCACCUCCAGGAGCAGCAGCAGCAGCGGCAGAAGCAGAAGCAACGGCCCGCAGCAGCGUGUCCCUUGAAAACAGUGCAGCAAAUGCACACCGACGCUGUCGCACUCCGGCAAGGCCCAUCGGCGGGCUCGCUGACUCAGGAGAUUGCCCAAAUUGCAGCACGGCCUCCUGGCCUCGUUGCCGAGCCUUCAGCUGGGCUUGGGCCCCAGCAGCAGUUACGGCUGGCUGGCGGCGCAGCGGAGCCUGGUGGCGACCCAACUGAAGUUCGAGCCGCCCUCACAGCAGCUGCAGCUGACAGACCUCCACCGCCACCAAGUGCAUACAUGGCCGGCUCUUCCGGGGUGCUUCCGUACAGCUCCGGCAUCCCUGAGCAGUACGCAGCCGCACAGGGGCGGCCGUCGGUGCUGUAUAACUCGCCUAUGCAGCACGUUACAGUCAUGUUUAAGGCAAGUGCGGUCCGGUUGGAUACCCCUGCCGACGUGCCGUACGAGCGAAUGGCCACCUCCAUCACAGCCGCGGCACACACCGCAGUUGACACGGUCAUGAACGAAGCUGGGACAAGCAACACGGUGGCGCGCAGGCAGGCGGGCCGUCGACCCACGGAUCGAUGGCUGGGCUAUAUCUCACAGGUCCAAUGCCUGAGGGGCUGUUUGGAGGUAGUCCUCAGGUUGCAGUACGACGGAGAUGAACUGCAAGAGGAGGAGCUUGCAGCCGCUGUAGCCGCGCUGGAAAGGGAGCUGCGGGGACUGGCAGCCGUCAACGGGACCUCCAGCGGCACCGCUGAAGGUGAAGGUGGUGACACGUCAGCAUCAGGAUCAGCCACAGUCCCUUCCCAGGUCACCGGUCCAAGCAGCAGCAGCGAGGGUGAAAGCAGCAGCCAGGAGCUCAAACGGCCAAGGGGUGGCGCAGAGCUUCCAAAGACGAUCUUCGUGCUGCAGCCUCGUACGGCCGGGACGCAUCCUCCAACAGCAGCACAGCCAUCCGUCACCCUUGCUGCAACAGAACAGAGUACAGCCGGCGCCGGCAACGCCGCUGCAAUCGCAUCAGAGGCACUACCCCGAGGCAUCGGCCCAGACAAUUCGCCCGCCUCCACCACCGCUGCCGCCGGUGUUGCCGCAAGGUAUGCGGUCCGGGCUGCUCAACGCAGAGGCGCUAGCAAAGGGCUACUGCAGGUGCCCUUCGCCCCGAUGGUGCCACUGGUCGCCUACAUGCACCCGCCGGUGCUUGCAGCCACGGUAGCCGCCUCACCUUUCGGUGCUCUGAGCUGCGGACGUGGAUCUUCAUACCUGUCCGCUGCUCCCAGCGCCGGCUUAGCUUUAGGCGGCCUGGGAGGAAGUGCGGGUUGGCCUGGGCACGACGAAACACUAUGCACCGCUGGUGCCUCAGCGACUGGCGGCGGCGGCGGUGCUGGCGAUGACGUUGAUAAUGGUUGUGAAGACCGUGGCGCUGUGCUUGGUUCGCAGCAGCCGCUGGAGGUAGAGGGCUGGAGCAGUGCCGAAUGCAGCGGUUACUUUCCGCCGGGCUUUAGGCAGGACGCAAGUGGUGAUGGUGGUGGCGGUGCCCGCACCAGCGGCGGUGGUACCGACAUCGCCAGCAACGGUACGGCUACAGAUAGUAAUCGCAGCAGCGAUACCGGGGCUUUAAGCACGUCAAUGGUUGCCGGUGGCAACCGCGGCCAUGGCCACCACCACCGUCAUCAACGUGGCGGUCAACGCGGCUGGUGCCGGGGCCCGGCAUUGGUCACCAUACCCGACGUGGGCGCCACAAUGUCCGGGCUGAGAGAAUCUUGGAAUGUCCCGGGGGUCGCUGCAGCGUCAACUCCGACUACAGCUCUAGCGGAGUCCCGGCUGCCGCCCGCUAUCGCUGGAGCGAGGCACAAUCAGGAAACAUCCACGGCAGUGCACACAAGUGAGAUGUUGCCAAGCCAAUUCACGCGUCCUUCCUCCAUGCUGCGGCAACAUCGCGACCUGCAUGCCGCUGAUGACGUCAGCAGAGUCGAGCAACCGGCAUCGCCCGUCAGAUGGCGACGGCCUCCUCGGCGUGGGCGUACCUUCGAUGCCCCUUCCUUUACCGUCCGCGCUGCGAACGGCCAAGGCGUUGUAGGCAUAUCAGACGGACGCGGUGGGACCUGCCGGCCGCGCGGGAUACCAGCGGUGUGGGACCGCAGGCAGCUCGGCCGAAGUGCUAGUGGCGGUGGCGGAAGCAGCAGCAGCAGUGGCGGCAACGGAAGCGAGCCUUCUUCCCGGCAGCAGGAUCUGUCGGCGGCAGCUGCCGGAUCAACGGCUGCAGCUGCAGAUAGGCCCGAUCCCCAAGCAACACCCAGGGACGUGUCCUCAGGGCUAGAGGCCGUGCACGUGCCUGCACAACCCCAAGGGGACACCGAGCGGCAAUAUCCAACGACGAGCGCCUUGCUGCUACCAGGACACCCGCCUCGGCACCUCGCCCUCCGCCGCCGGGUAUCGGCGCCCGUGGAGCUGCUAGACCGAGCGUCUUCGGGUCCAAACAAUGCGCAGACGCGUGUAGCUGAUAUGGAGCCCACCACUGUGGCGGUGGAGGCACCCGUUGCGCCGGCGGUUGGCGUCAAGCUUUCUGCGCUGGCUAUGAAACCUACGGAACCCAUACGCCAACAUCAGACUACAGAGGUGGAGCAACAACAUGAGCAAGAGCCCAGGCAUCAGCACGUGGACGAGCGACACCCGAGCAGUUCUCACCGCCAUCUUCGGGAUUCCACCCACGAUCACCGUCAAGAUCCCCAUAAUGAUUAUUAUCAUCAUCACCCGCGCAGUGACUUGCCACCAGCGUCCUUGGCUAUCCCAACACCGAUGGUGCGGAGCACUCCAGAGGCACCCCUGACUCUUCUUGCGCCGCCGCAUCAGGAGGCGAUCCGGCUCCAAGAGGUGGCUCCAGACGCUGUCGUCUUCGAGGGCGUGUCCGCAAUGGCGCCACCUUCGACCUACCCCAUGUUGCCGCCACGGUUCAAAUCUGAAUCCUCGUCAAGUUGCCGGACUAGGACAGCGGGCGGAGGCACCGGUGUGCAAGUCGACCUGUUCUUUGAUUUGGACGACUUCGGCUCUACAGUUACCGACCCGGGCGGGAGUAGGGAUGGCAUACCCCAUCGCGGCGACGGCAGCACCGGCGCUAGUGGGGGCAGUGACAGCGGUGGGAAAGGCAGUGAUGCAGACCGGACGGCCGAAAGCUCUUCGACGUCUGAGUGCCGCUCUGUGCCGCCCUCGACCACUGGUGACCUUCCUCCGUCCGGCGGCUGCCCCUCCACCGUGGAUGUUCGAGUGGUGGUGAAGCAGCACGGUGUGGUGGUGGCGGAGGUGGAGCGACUGAGCGUGGGGCGUAGCAGGGGGGCCAGUGUCAGGCUGGACCUCUCUGGCUUGGAGGAAGGCAGUGCGGCGCUUCUGGUGCUGCCAAUCAGGCAGGAGCCAGCACGCCAGCAGCAGCCAACACUAAGAGAGGCCCUAGCUGCGGCCGCCCUCUACAUUCCCAUAGCGAUUGUGCCGCCAGCGGUGGCUUGUGAGUUGCGCGGCCUCAUGCACGAGAUGUACCGCGCUGCAGCUACCGGCUAUCGUCGCGCUGACCCACGGGUCGCUCGUGCCCGCGCAUUCACGCACCAUUUCUCACUACUGGUGUCCGACAUGGUGUCCCUGCUGCUGGGCUGCGAGAGGCUGGUAGAGGAGGAAGAGGAUGUGGAGGAAGCUACGAAGGGCGGUGCAGUUGCCGCCUCAGCUUCUUCUUUAGAGCGACACCAGGACGAGCUUCGGGAGCUAGGCAUCGGUCUGAUAUCCUACAUGGUUCAGAUGGGACUCACAGGCACCGUACGUUACCUGUUAGAGGAGGUGCAGGACGCAGGGGUGCAAAUUGAGAUCGGCAGCUUAGUGGGUGAGGAGGCUGUUCACCACAUCCUGGGUCUGAGCCCAGAUACCGUACGUGCACCGACAUCGCAAGCAACUCAAUUACAAGUACAACGCACCCAGAGCCCCAGCGAUGCAGCAAGCCUUUUAAGUCAGCAGCAGGCGCACGAGCUGCAGCAGUCUGCGGCUCCGCAAUAUGAGGAUCAGGCGGAAGAAGCACCCGGCCACGGAAGGGGCGGACCCGGAGGAAAGGAUGAGAGAACUGCUGUCAGCUGCGGCGGUACAGAGAGCAGCGGGUUCAACGCCAGUCACAGCGAUUUGGACGGGGCCCCGUGCGCCGCCGUAGGCCUGCGGGAGGUGCUGCUGGGUUUCAAGCAGCCCCACCUGGAGCGCCGUUUCGUGGCGGUUUUGGGAGGCCAAUCCAGCUGGAUGGAGCGUGCCGUCGCAUGCAUUCUACCGGCUGUCUUCUCGCUAAUGCUUGCCGCCAUGGCAUCUCUUGCUGUGUGGGCGGCGGGUUUUGAGACGACGGCUUCGCGACUGCUGAUGGCCGUCAUCUGGUUGGGCAACUGGGGACACAAUGGUACCGACGGCGGCAGCCAUGUAAAUCGCAGCAGCUCUUCGCCGGAGAGCAUCCAAGGCGAAGGGGUCAUGCGUAUUUCAUCGUGGGGGCCUGACUGGAUGCUGGCGAUAGUCCUGUUGGCGGGCAUUGGAGCAGCAUUGGGGUUACUGGCGCUGCCUGCGGUGAUCUCCAUGGUGGCGGCAACGGACAUGGGCGGCACCAUCCGGCAACGGCGGCGCGAGGUGCUGGUGCGGAUCAUCCACAUUGCCACCAUGGUGCCGCUAGCCGGUUUCAUGUGGAAGGUGCCUGGGCCUCUGCCAGACCGGCUGCUGUGGGCAGUUUGCACGGCGGCGGUGUUGCUGGUGUUAUUGCAGCCUAUUUGCAUUCAUGUACGCUUUCUGGCCUACCGGCUGUGCUGGGUUGCGGAUGCGCUGGCUCUGACGGCCAUUGGGAGCAGAUACUUCGACGCCAGUCAGGGCCGUGACGGCGACAUCGGCAAAUUUGGACAGCCGAUGGGGGUAGCAACUGCCGCUUUCGUUGUCACUGCGACUACCACAGGUCUGCUUGUCAUGUCUGCGGGCUUUGCCGCCUGGAUAGAUUUGGCCAUGAGGCGGCGCUUCCAGGCGGUGCUCAGGAACCAGGAAGUAGCUGCGAAUGAGAGUUAG